AUGGCCCAGCCGGAUUACGAGGUUUUCAAGCUUGGGGACUGGGAGCUCCAGAGCAGCGAGAAGCUCAUCGACGCUCAUAUUGCGUACAAGACGUUUGGGGAUCCGAAAUUGCCUGCCAUUGUGUAUCCGUCGUGGUUUUCCGGAUCGCUUGCGGAUAACUUCUGGUUAAUCGGGGAGGACAAAACGCUCGACCCUAAAAGGUACUUCAUUAUCGUCACUGCGUUGUUUGGAAACGGGCAAUCGACUUCGCCGUCCAAUUAUCCCGUUGAAGGGCCGUUCCCCAGAUGCUCCUUCUAUGAUAACGUUCGGGCCCAGCACAAGCUGGUUACCGAGCACUUUGGGAUCCAGCACCUUCGUGCCGUUGUUGGAUGGUCGAUGGGGGCGGCACAGGCUUUCCAGUGGGUGACGCAGUAUCCCGAUUUCAUGGAUUUGGCUGUACCGUUUUGUGGCUCGGCAAGGACGUCUCUACAUAACCAGGUGUUCUUGGAAGGCAUUAAGAGUGCUUUGUUAGCAGUCAAGGGAAUUCCCUCAGCUGGCUUUGGCGAGAUUGGUAUUCUCGAAGCAGGGCAGACGGUGCGGACUUGGACCGACAAAGAGAAGGAGUGUGGGUUGAAGGCGUUCGGGAGAGGUUAUGCCGGUUGGGGGUUCUCUCAGACAUUUUAUCGGGAGAAGUUGUAUGAGUCCGUGUUGGGGUUUAAAGGUCUCGAAGACUUCAUGCAGAAUUUCUGGGAGAAAUGGGCGCUGUCAAAAGACCCUGCCAAUCUUCUGGUGAUGAUGCAAACAUGGCAAAGCGGAGACGUGAGUAAACAAGAGCCAUACAACGGCAAUUUCGAGAAAGCGAUGGCCGCGAUCAAAGCCAAGAUCUUGGUGCUGCCCUCGAAAACCGAUCUUUAUUUCCCACCAGAAGAUUCUGAGUAUGAAGUGAAGUGCAUGAGCCCAGGAGUCGGCACCCUCGACGUCUUUCCCUCUAUUUGGGGCCAUUGGGCUGGCGGUCCUGGAGACAGCAAAGACGAUGUGAAAUGGCUUGAUGACCUUAUGUCCAAAUUCUUCCAGGAAAACUCUCUCUUGACCGUCUCGGAUAUUGACCCUAGCAAACAUAUGAAUUAG